CUCUCUCUCUCUCUCCUUCUUCUUCUUCUUCUUCUUCUUCAUUAAUUCCCUUCCUUCUUUUCCUCUUAAUUAUUAUUUCCAUAUCUUUAUAUUUAUUGCAUGCAUCUCUAGCCACCCAUUCAUGGCUUCCUUUUAUUGCAUGCAAUUACUCCUCCCUUUUGUUCAUUCAUCUCCUUCUUCCUUCCUUAUAACCACAAGGUGAUCAGUUUUAUAUGUUUAUAUAUAUGGAGAGCUUUAUAUAUCAUUAUUUUCUGUAGAUAUAUAUAUAUAUACACAAAGAUAUAUAGAGAGAAAGAGAUGGAGAGUUCUAGUUGCAUGGGAUUAGUGGCAGUGAUUGCAGUGUCUAGUAGUGUGGCUCUUGUUGCUGUUCAGUUUCACAAACGUCUUGUUUCUGAUUUGAUGAAGAAGCUUCAUGUAGAACUUGGUGUGGGGUGUAGAACUCUACCACCACCACCGACGAGGAUGAUGACGACGAUGAUGACGGUGGGUAAAAAGAAGGUGAGGUUUGCUGCCGAUGUGGUGGAGCCGUCUUCGAACAAUGAAGAGUAUCGCCGGAGACGAAGACGGUCGCCGGAGAUGCAAUGCACCACCACCAAUUAGAUCAUGUGUACAUAUAUAUAUAUAUAUAUAUAUAUAUACAUUGAUGUGAAUAAAAAUUAUAUGAAGUUUGUGUAAAAUGAAUUGUGACGAAAUUGUUUAUAAUGUUAU